AUGCAGAAUUAUGGGUACUUGGUAGUGUCCCAAUGGCGAGAAGUUUUUAUCUUUGAGCAGAGUCUCAUUCAAUGCCUAAACGUUCGUGAGAGGCCAGACGCCGAGCAUGAUUCCUUUAAGAUCGAAGAGACUUUCGUUGCAAAAUGGGCAAGGAGAACUUCGGACGAAGCCAUCAGGCCAGAUACCGCGGCGAACUGCACUCGGAUAUGGCUGAACUUGGAGAUCGGAUUCACUGAACGUGGUGUGGCAUUGUGUUGGUCGGAAUAUGAGCCUGAACGAACUAGAAUUGAUACACAGCACUGGGGAAGUCCAGAGCUUGAGGGGCUGCCAGUAGUGCAUGCGCUGGAUGGAGGGAAGGGGGAGCAAUUCGUUGAACUUCAGAACAUUCUGCGUGCUCUGGCAGCAAGGUUCUGGUUGCCAGCGGAAACAUCGAUGUCUACUCUGCCUGGUCAUAAUCAUACGUCCAGCUCCUUAGACGGCAGAGGGGAUGCAGAUUCAGCAUCUAGAGAUGGAAAGUCAAUGGAAAAGACGGUUCCUAACUACGGUGCAUUCGAAUCAAUUCAUCCCCUCUACCACAAUGACCGUUUCAUUGGCCGCAUUCCGUCGAAAUCCUUUGCCCCUCCUCAUACCGUGGCAUCUAUCAAGUGGUCCGUAUGCAAACUUGAGGGCCUACAGUCGGAGCCCGACAAGGCGCUACUCUUCACACAGCUCUCAAGCCCAAAACCUAAAGAAGAAUCUGCCCGCCUAUCUUUGUUCGCUCCUUCUGGGCCAGGCCGGUCCGAACAAGAUCCGAUCGUGUUGGUUGUCGAGUCGGAGAAGAGAACGAAGGAGGUCUCGCAUCUUAUCGACGACUCCUACCCAAACCGUGCACUCAUGAGCUUUGCAGUACACUAUCGUGUUUACUCAUCAAAAGGAGGCGAUCAAAAGGCAAAGACCUCCUUUGACCAAACUGAUAUUUCGUUAGGGCGCAUCAACACCCUCUUCAUCGCUCCCCCUCACACUGCUGGGUCUCUGAAAGCGCGUAUCGCACAAGUUGAAGGCCUCAUCACGCCGGGUCAUGCACUCUACAAGGAUAUGGAACUCUUCCAAGACACGGAUAGUGAUGCUGCCAUGAACGACACCGAUAUCAUAUCCUUCCAAGGUGACAAUUAUCCUGGUGGUGAUGAAGGCGAUCCCGUAGCCCUUGUCAAUGCAACGACCAAUACAGCUGCAGACCAAAAGACUAAGCCUACAUCAAAGCCUACACCAGACACUGCGGCAACACACCGUGCUCUUUCAGAUGGACCAGAUUCACAAUUCACGAAACCCGCUCAGUUGACUGACACUUACGGCUACAUGGUGAUUAAUUCCAAGGGUGAAAAAGGCUGUGGUUAUGGAUUUUCUUUGGCAGUUGUGCUUAAGGGUAAUCUUGCUUUUGAUUGA